AUGAAUGAAAUAAAAGAUAAAGAUGUGAUGCGGUACUUGAAAACCUCACAGUUGGUGCUGGCUUUAGAGAUUAUUCACUCAAAGCCAGCAGAUAAAAGCAGCAAAGAAUAAUAUGCAGAGCGCAUGUCCAAAAUAGUAUCUGGACAGGAUUCCAAGCAGAAGUCAAGAGUUGAAGCUGUAGAAGCUGAAGGUAUUCAUUUGAGGCAGCAGCUGCUCUUAAGGGAGUGAAAGGCGGGAUAUCAAAUCCAAAACUCUCUCUCCUCUUCCAUAGGUGAUGCUCUGCUACCUACUCAUAUGGAGCUGUGCUUAGGCCAUUUUGAUGAUUCUGGAUACAAUACCUCAAAUAGAUAUAUAGCUGAUACACUAGAAACCUUACCUACCUUCGGCUAUGUUUCUGCAUGGCCAAUAUUGACUGCCAUAACAAGCAAGUCCUUGGUUUCUCAUGUGCAGUUCCCACAACAUUUCCUUGAACUGGCAUAGGCUGGAGGUCUGAGAACAGACUUGGGGAAAUGUAGAAGGAACUGCUCCACGAUAUCUGACUCUAUCUCUAAAUUGCUCAGUGACCUGGUUGCUUCAUAUAGUCUUCCAGAACUCAACUUUUCACAUCUUAUGACUUUGUUAUGAGUCAUAACAAAGUGAUUAAGUGACGCAGAUGUAGUUGGACAGAUUUUGGGACAGUGUCUCAAGAAUCUGGAAAUCUCUCUGGAAAGACUUGUAGCCACCGUUUUGAACAGCAACCAUCUCAACAAAUUCCAAAUGCAGGAAUCUCUGUCCCAUGCCCUUGUUCUGACUGGAUGAUGCAGCGUAUCCCUGCUCUUUGGAGAAGUCAGUCGAUUUGCUGGUGAGUUGCAGCAUGCCAAUGAGAUUCAAGCCAAGUACAAUAGACAAUGCAAAAAUACUUUAUUUCAGUGUAUAGCUUUGGAACAGCAUCUCAAAGCAGGGACUGAAAAGGGGAAUGCUGUCACUUCGAGCUCUGGUAUAGAGGAGAAUAUGUUUCUCCAGAAACUUGACCAAGCUAUUUUUCACCUCUCCGAUGAUUUCCCCUUGUUCUGAAUUUGUUUAUGGUGACCAGGCACUCUUCUGAAUACAGCACAAAUACAAACUGGUGAAAGAAGCUGUUUUGCUUUGUAG